CCAUGGGCACCCCUAAAAUUAACACAUACCACUACUUUCCCCAAUGCUACACAUUCCUUUGUCUUAUGCGCUUCUGCACACCUAGGAACCUCCCUCCUAUACACUGCUAUCACAUGCCCAUUAGCUUGACACAUUUAACAACGUAAUGUAUUUGGCACAAAAGCUCGUACAUGAUAACUUAUAUAUUCUAACUUUGUCUUGCAAAGACUCACUUUGAAUCACUUUGUCGGUUCAAAGACUCAACAUCAAAACUCAAAAGAACAGACAAUGACUCUGUUUCACCACCCAUGCCACCCUGUCUGCGUUGCACCAAACAACGAGCAUCACAAACACCGGGAAUCUUCCCCUUUAGUUGGUCAACUUUUACAUUUACCGCUACCCCAGUAAUCACUCCUUUCAAUGGGGCCCUUUUCUUGAGAGCAAAACAAUUCACAUUUAUUGCCCCCAUUUGUUUAACGCGGAGCGCCUUCUCCCUCUGGCCAGCAGAAACACAAACAAGUAUUACAAGACCAUUUCUGGUUACUCUCACCGUUUUCACCCAUCAUGAAACCACAAAUGGCAAGGGUCAUGUUUAAAAAGGUUCUUAAUCGUUUUUUUAAAUAUACUUUGCCACACUCAAUAUGGCGGCUCUCUGGCUCUUACCGGAUGGAAAGUUGAUGAAAGCCCAUAUGACUGGCUUGUCAAUUAUUUCGAGGGAAAGUUACAGAGGUUCUACUGUGCUCUGACUAGACAUGGGGAAAAUAACAGAGAAACUACUGCUGGAGAAAUGCACUCCAAAAAACACCAAACUGGAACAAGUAAAGACACUAAAUCUCUCCAAGCUCGGUCUGAAGAGCAGUGACCUGCCUGUCCCCCUGCUUUCUCGCCUUCGCUGUCUGGAACAGUUGGACCUGUCUGGGAACAGACUUCAGGAGAUGCCUUCCGGGCUAGUCCUGCCCUCCCUACGCUCUCUGGACCUGACCAACAAUGAGAUGGAAGAUGUCACCACUCUGGACACACUGACCACCCUGGAGGAUCUGAGGAUGGAGGACAACCUCUACAUCACUAUCAAUGACAACUACAAGCUGAUAAUCCUCCUGCCCAAGUUGAGGUUUUACAAUGGGAAGGAUAUAAGCGAUACAGCCAACCACAUACGCUAUGCCAACAGUGAGAACCUCAGGAAGAGGGUGUUAGCGCUGUGGGAGACCAGCUUUUCACUCCCUGACCACCGAACAGCAGAGAAUCUAGCCAUUGUGGAGAGGGAUUUUGUCAAUGCGGUGUGUCAUAAGGUGAAAUAUGGCCCCAGCUCUCUGACCGACUACACAAAAUGGAGGGUGGAGAUGAUAGCUAAAGAGCACCUUCGCUCUUUGACCGAGCCAGAGGAGCCUGCUGAUACAAAGGAGAACUGUAAUUUUCCUUUCCCAGCCAAGAGGAAGCGUUCCGCCUCGGCUGUCAAAUGCGACGUAACCCUAAACCCUCAGAAAAUAGCCAGAGUGAGUGUUCAAGCCGAGGACAGCCCACACAGGUCAAGCCGUCUGCAAAGCAUCCCUCAUAAGGCAGAGCGGCCCAUCAGCACCACACCAAGGACCCAUAAGGCAGAUCAGAUCCCAGCCACCCCCAUUAGCGGCCAGUCCAAACUCCCGGUGACCCCCAGGAACGGCCUGAGAGAGAAGCAACAUCAGUCCAAAGGAGACAUGCCACUGGCCAAACGGACUCGCAAGUCUGCCAAGCAACAGCGGUCCACAGAGGUCAACGAGACGCCUGGGAAAGUAAUCUGCACCAAGUCUCAGCAUUCAUCACAGGAGCCAGUGAGUCUGCAGCCUCUUCACGUCCUGCAGUGUCACAGUAAACAGGACAGCCCUGAUGACUUUAGCACCCAGCUGUGGGCCUGUUCCUUCCAGCCCCCGCUAGACUACAAUGGAGGUGUGAAUGGUGCGACUCGUAUUGUGGCAACGUGUGGAGGAGAGUCUGUGUGCCUGAUCGACUGUGAGACGGGACUGGUUAUGAAGAAGUAUAAGGUCCCUGGUGAGGAGUUCUUCUCUCUGGCAUGGUCAACUGUGCUGAUGUCACGGAAGGGCAACGUUGGCAUGCGGCCCUGCAGUAUCUUGGCGGCAGGGGGGAAGCGAGGCUUGGUGAAACUGCUUCACCCCAGAGCCAACAUGGCGUACGGAGAGUUCAGAGCCAGCCGCAAAGCCCUCUCCAUCCUCUGCUUCAGUCCCCGCCAGGGCAACUUGCUCUUCACUGGGUCGUACGAUAAAAAUAUAUUAUUGUGGGACAUUGGCGGAGUGGACAGCUACUACAAUUUCAAAGUCACUCGGCUGUUGGUGUUGGAGACCACCUCCACACCCCUGCACUUCUGCCUACCCCCUGCCACCCCAGACACACACCUCAUCGCUGCCUGUGAGAAGGGGCUGCACAGCUACAACAUCCAGCUCAACAAAGACCCCAAGAAAAGGUCUGAGGAGAUGGAGAUCACAUUCCCUGUGUAUGAGAAGGACACGGACCAUGACUACCACACCAUUGAUGGCUUGGGAUUCCUCACAAACGAUGUCGUCGCCUCUAAGAGCCACAUGCAGGGCUCGAUCUACCUGUGGAGCUGGAAUGACACGCAAGCCCAGCGGCCCAAGAAGAAGGAGGUAUGUGCUGUGAUCCUGAUGGAGCUGCAGUGGUCCAGCACGGACAUCCCCUACCUGUCCCUCAACACCUGCCCCAGUAAAGGCUAUGUGGUGUGUGGUGACGAAAGAGGGAGACUGUGGACGUACCAUGUAACAGACCUCAAGGCCAACUUUAGGAGUGGCAAAGCAAUUCCUGCCACAGAGAUCCUGGCAUGGCCGUUACCUGUGAGGAAUGGACAGGGCCCAGUGGAAGGUCCCCCUAUCAACAGUGUGGCCAUGGACCCUGAGCUCAGAUACCUGGUGGCCCUCAGCGACAAGAACAUGGCAGUGGUGUGGAUAAGAACGGAGUCUUCCUGAGGACCAAACAUAACUUCUCCCGGGUUAAUUUUCCCAUGUUCACUGAUGGGUGUAAAUACUGGGUAGGUUUUACUGGUAUCACUUCAACCUAUCAAGACUGCCCUUUCAAGGCAGUGAUGUUCAGUAAGGAAAGGAAUUUAUUCAAUGCUAUUGGGAAUUUGCUUUGGCUUGGACUUGGCCCCUUUCUGGUUUUUGUUUGACCUCACUCUCUACUAUUGACUUCUCACCUUACCACUCGGCUUAAACGUACCAGCCCUAAUUUUAACUCCCCUCCUCGCCAGCAUCUAUUAGAUGUAGUCUAUUUUGAUGCAGAGAUUGCCUCAUGGCAAGAUAAGAACAAUAUAUUUAAUUUUACUGAAUAUGAAUAAGAAUAUACAUAUACUGAAAUUCAUGUGUGAUGCCUGUACAGAUUGGAUGUAUUUGCAUUUUUACCUUUUUAUUUUUACAACUGUACUAAUUGUACUUUUACUAUUCAGUUAGAUUAUGUCUAAUGUGAUUUUUUGUUUGUUUUUUGUAAACAUUUUCUUUCCCCAAAUUAUACAUACAAUAUCACUUUAUCCACUGACAUGGAAACAUAUGAUCAAAAUGAUGUUUGAAGUGUUUCAACCACAAUGCAUGAUUGUACAUGCAGAUUUUUAUGGCCUUUUUGAGUGUUGGUGGAUAUGAUUUACAUUAAGAACAUCUGCCACAUUAAAUGGGAUUGAUGUCCUAAAUUUCAA